AUGCCUGAGCCGUUCCAUUCUACGAACAUCCAAUUCUUCCACAAGGCAACAUUUCCUUUGUGGGCCACGUUGAUGAGAAAUCACUUUGAACAACGUGUUCACCUUUUUACUGUGUCUUUUCAGCGACAUUCUCCACAUCCUGUCUUUGCAUUUCAUUCAAAUCGUCGCUAUCCUCCAAGCGCCAUCAUGCGUACGUCCAUAACCAUUGUCUCAUCCGACAGAGAGCUACCGACAGACCUCAUCACUCUCGAUGUCGGCCCUGAUAUGACCCUCAACGACAUCAAGGCCUUCGUCGAAGCUGAGAUCGGUGUUCCUCCAUCUGCUCAAAUAUUCUUAAGAGAUGGAAGGGCAGUCACAGAUACAUCGAUAACGCUCGCACAGUUUGACGUUCAGGAAGGUGGUAUCAUACCGAUGGCCAUCCAGGCAAAUCCUCCAAGACGACGGCCAGCUCAGGGUACACCUAGCGGCCAGCCGUCGGCGCAAAGGGCAAGAAGCACCAAUGAGGCCGAGCGACUGAGAAGCCGGAUACUCGCAGACCCCGCCGCAAUGUCUGAUUUGCGGAGACAAGAUCCCGAACUUGCAGCUGCCGCUCAGGAUCAACAGAGAUUCCAGGACCUGCUGGAGGAUAGAUUGAGGCAGAAUGAGCAGUUGCAGAGAGAGAAGGAAGAGCAAAUUGCGCUACUAGAGGCGGAUCCUUUCAACGUCGACGCACAACAGAAGAUUGAGGAAAUGAUCCGGCAAGAACGUGUUGCAGAAAACCUGCAAAAAGCAAUGGAAGAGUUUCCAGAAGCAUUUGGCAAGGUUACCAUGCUUUAUAUCGACGUUGUCGUCAACGGCCAUCCUAUCAAAGCCUUCGUGGAUUCAGGCGCACAAACGACCAUCAUGUCCCCGUCAGCCGCCGAACGGUGUGGCAUCCUGCGGCUGGUCGACAAACGAUUCGGAGGAAUAGCAAAAGGCGUUGGUACGGCCCAAAUUUUGGGGCGAGUUCAUUCGGCCGAAAUCCAAAUUGGACAAUACAACCUAGCCAGCAGCUUCACAGUCAUGGAAGGCAAAGACGUGGAUCUGCUCCUGGGCCUUGACAUGCUCAAGCGGCACCAGAUGUGCAUCGAUCUGAAAAAGAACUGUCUCCGCAUUGAGAAUGACGAGAUUCCCUUCUUACCGGAAAGCGAGAUCCCUAAGAUGAUGGAAGAAGUUCUGGAAAAGGAGCCCAAAGUUGAAGGACCUGGGGGGAGCACAGUUGGCGCAAAGACCGGAACUGUUAUGGCAGGACCAUCAUCAUCAACUCAAACCAGGCUCGGUCAGGAAAGCGCCAGCAUCGUAGAUCAAUCGUCCUCCUCGGGUCCGACCGCUACAGCUGUCUCAUCGUCCGUGCCCCAACCCGAGCCAGGUUCCAACAACUUCGGCGAACCACGACCUAUCACAGCAGAAUCCAUAGCCCAAGUAACUGAGCUGGGUUUUACAAGAGAGGAGGCCAUUGCAGCGCUUCGGCAGACAGGCGGAAAUGUCGAACUCGCUAUCGGGUUGUUGCUUUAA